UGUCGUUAUCGUUGUCACAUGGAUCAGUCAGUGAAAUCAUUGCAGAAUUGAUAACAUGCCAUGUCAAACUACGCUCUGUUCUGUGCUCGAUUACUUUCGCCUAUUCAAAUAUGGCGCUGUAAAAGCCAAGGUUUGUUUUUCAUGGGCGCAAAGUAUGUUUAAGUGCAUUAACCGAACGGCCCAGUUUACGAGAUAUAUCCAGUCAGCAGGCAACUGUUUCUGUCUUAUCCAAGAGUUUAGGCUGGUGUCAUCCUUGCCACUCAGAAUGACCGACCAGGCUGUGAAUAGGGUGGUUAGUGAAAUAAUUCGCUCUCCCGAGGACAAACGGGUUUACAGGGGUUUGGAGUUUACCAAUGGCCUGAAGGCCAUGCUCAUCAGUGACCCAACAACAGACAAAUCUUCAGCUGCGUUGGAUGUUCACAUAGGUUCAUUAUCGGACCCAGGGAACAUAUCUGGCCUGGCACACUUCUGUGAGCACAUGCUGUUUCUGGGAACAAAGAAGUACCCCAAGGAGAAUGAGUACAGCCAGUUCCUCAGCGAGCAUGCAGGCAGCUCCAACGCCUUUACCAGUGGAGAGCAUACCAACUAUUACUUUGACGUAUCCCAUGAGCACUUGGAAGGAGCACUAGAUAGGUUUGCCCAAUUCUUCCUGUGUCCACUUUUUGAUGAGAGCUGUAAGGAACGGGAGGUGAAUGCUGUGGACUCUGAGCACGAGAAGAACCUGAUGAAUGACGCCUGGAGGCUGUUCCAGUUAGAAAAGGCCACUGGCAACCCUGACCACCCCUUCAGUAAAUUUGGAACAGGUAACAAAUUGACCCUUGAGACCCGGCCGUCCCAAGAUGGGAUUGACAUCCGUCAGGAGCUCCUGAAGUUUCAUUCUACAUAUUACUCCUCCAACCUCAUGGGACUGUGUGUGUUAGGAAGAGAAUCAUUAGACGAGUUGACCUCCAUGGUGGUUAAGCUAUUUGGAGAAGUGGAGAACAAGAACGUACCUAUCCCAGAAUUCCCUGAGCACCCCUUUCAGGAAGAACACCUCAAACAAUUCUACAAAGUGGUGCCUAUAAAAGACAUCAGGAACCUGUAUGUGACUUUCCCCAUCCCAGACCUACAGAAGUACUACAAAUCUAACCCAGGACAUUAUCUGGGACAUCUGAUUGGUCAUGAAGGACCCGGAAGUCUGUUAUCUGAGCUCAAAUCUAAAGGCUGGGUGAACACACUAGUGGGAGGGCAGAAAGAAGGAGCCAGAGGAUUCAUGUUCUUUAUCAUCAAUGUGGACUUGACUGAGGAGGGCCUCUUGCACGUUGAGGACAUCAUCUUCCACAUGUUCCAGUACAUCCAGAAACUGCGUACCGAGGGACCACAGGAGUGGGUGUUUGAGGAGUGCAAGGAUUUAAACAAAGUGGCCUUCAGGUUCAAGGACAAAGAGCGACCCCGUGGCUACACUUCCAAAGUGGCUGGUCUUGUACACUACUACCCUCUUGAAGAGAUUCUUGCAGCAGAGUACCUGUUGGAGGACUUCAGGCCCGAUCUGAUCGAGAUGGUGCUGGAUAAGCUGAGACCAGAGCAUGUUAGAGUUGCAGUGGUGUCAAAGUCAUUUGAGGGGCAAACCAACAAGACAGAAGAGUGGUAUGGCACGCAGUACAAACAGGAGGCCAUCUCUGAAGAGUCCAUCGAGAAAUGGGCGGGUGCAGACCUCAACGGCAAGUUCAAAUUGCCGAUGAGAAAUGAGUUCAUCCCUACCAACUUUGAGAUCUACCCUCUUGAGAAAGACUCUCCAUCAGUGCCCGCUUUAAUCAAGGACACAGCUAUGAGCAAGGUGUGGUUCAAGCAGGAUGACAAGUUCUUCCUGCCCAAGGCAUGCUUGAACUUUGAGUUUUUCAGCCCGUUUGCGUACGUGGACCCAUUGCAUUGUAACAUGGCGUAUUUAUACCUGGAGCUCCUCAAGGACUCCCUCAACGAGUAUGCAUAUGCAGCCGAGCUAGCUGGCUUGAACUAUGACCUCCAAAAUACCGUCUAUGGGAUGUAUCUGUCGGUUAAAGGUUACAGUGACAAACAGCACAUCCUGCUGAAGAAGAUCAUUGAGAAGAUGGCCACAUUUGUGAUUGAUGAGAAGCGCUUUGAUAUCAUCAAAGAAGCGUAUAUGAGGUCUUUGAAUAACUUCAGAGCAGAGCAGCCUCACCAGCACGCCAUGUACUACCUCCGUCUACUAAUGACCGAGGUUGCUUGGACCAAAGAUGAGCUCAAAGAGGCUUUGGAGGAUGUAACUCUCUCACGCCUCAAGGCCUUCAUACCUCAGCUAUUGUCACGUCUACAUAUUGAAGCCCUUCUCCAUGGCAACAUCCCCAAGGAGUCUGCUCUUGGCAUGAUGCAAAUGGUGGAGGACACGCUCAUUGAGCAUGCUCACACAAAGCCCCUCCUGCCGAGCCAACUGAUACGCUACAGAGAGGUGCAGGUUCCAGACGGUGGCUGGUAUGUUUACCAGCAGAGGAACGAGGUGCACAACAAUUGUGGCAUUGAGAUCUACUAUCAGACAGACAUGCAGAACACCCACGACAACAUGCUGUUGGAGUUGUUCUGUCAGAUCAUCUCUGAGCCCUGCUUCAACACACUGAGAACCAAAGAACAGCUGGGCUACAUUGUGUUCAGUGGACCCCGGCGGGCCAACGGAGUGCAAGGCCUGCGCUUUAUCAUCCAGUCGGAAAAGGCGCCCCACUACCUGGAGAGCCGCGUGGAGGCUUUCCUCUGCACCAUGGAGAAGGCUGUGGAGGAGAUGAGCGAGGAAGCCUUCCAGAAACACAUCCAGGCCCUGGCCAUCCGCCGCCUGGACAAGCCUAAGAAGCUGUCAGCCGAGUGUGCCAAGUACUGGGGAGAAAUCAUCUCUCAGCAGUAUAAUUUUGAUAGAGAUAACACCGAAGUGUCCUAUCUGAAGACUCUAAGUAAAGAAAACAUAAUGCACUUCUACAGAGACCGGCUGACUGUCGAAGCCCCGAAGAGACACAAGGUGUCCGUGCACGUCCUGUCCAGAGAGAUGGACUCCUGUCCGAUAGUGGGAGAGUUCCCUGCCCAGAAUGAUGUCAACCUGGCCCCUGCUCCUUCCCUGCCACAGCCCACGCUGGUUCAGGACAUGACGGAGUUCAAGAGGAGCCUGCCUCUCUUCCCCCUGGUCAAGCCUCACAUCAACUUCAUGGCUGCCAAACUGUGAGCGAGGAGGCCGGCAGGUCGACACGCAGCGACACGGAGUCGGCGGGUGGGGCGACGGCCAGAGAACCCACUCCGUAUUCCACCUACACUCCCCCUCUCCCCUCGUCAGGAAGACUUCCAUCCGUGUGUGUGUGUCCAGGUGUGUGUGUGUGUGUGCGCGCGCAGGUGUGGCAAACUGGAGCCACUAGAAGAGAAGCUUUGAAACAAAUGUGUGUUUUUGAAUCACAAAGUUAGCCGUGGUUGUCGACGUAGCCAUGAUAAGGAUAGAGUUCACACCAGACUCACGUCAUGUUAUAAGUCUCUUAAAGGAGAAGCAACACUCACACACAUCACAGUACUGUGGAGGUUGUUGUAGACGAAAUAGAAACAACCUUAAAAAGAAAAAAAAAAAGAAAAAAUGAGGGCCAGUUCCCUUUUUAAACAAGUUCAAGUAUGCUGCAGAAGCUUCACAGGAGGAGGCGUUUUAUUUCAAUAAUUCAGAAAUGCUGCUUUGAGGAUGGAUAGCUGUUUUUGUGAUGAACUGGGGCUUGUAGAAGUAAAAUCAGCAGCUCCAUGAAGGUCUCAUCUUUUUUUUUUUGUUGGACUGGUAUGUCUGCCAUGUAUCUCUGAGGCACCUCGACUCUCCUGCAAAUGUUAAACAGAACAAAAUACUCUUUCCUUUAAUUCAAAUUGAUACCGGUUUUUAGAGUAUUUUAUUUUAAAAUUUUGGUUUUAAUCCUCGCUGGUUUUAAAAUGUUAUUUGUAAACUGGUAAAAUGUUAAGACCCUUUUAAGGAGCCGCUUUAAAAAAAAAAAGAAAUGUUCAAUGCAUUUUACAGUAGUAAGUAAUUCAGACACCUCAGGGGUACCUCUAUGCUGUUUUUUUUAACAGUUUUACUAGCAAUUGAUAACAAAUAAAAACAUUUUAUCAGUCUGUCAUUAGUACAUCAGUACUUUGUUCACAUCCUUAUUGGUCUUCCCCAUGUUCUUUUUCUAAGCUCCACAGAGAGUCAUUAUUCUUGUCUGCAUGUGAGACUUUCUGCGGCUUGUGCCUUUCCGGUCGAGGGCAUCCGAUAGUUGGUACGGUAUCUGGCUGCUCCUGGUCUGACCCGGGGCACACUCCUGGAGGAUUAAACCCCAUCGAAAUUGCUAGACCGUGCUCUGGCUCUUACUGCAGAGUGGU